CCGGGCCGGUCAGCUGCGGUUUCCUCCAGUCUCGGGAUCAAAAUGGGUAAGUAGCGCAGAGCUCGCCUCUUGGAGGCCUCUUUCUGAAGGCGGAGGACGCGGGGCGGCUCGCUCAUGGGCUGGGCGGCUCCGCAGGGUAGACGAAGCCUGCAGCGUCCGCACUGGGCUGGGAACGGUUUGCAAGGGGAGCGCGGCUGGCGCCCCGGAGCCGGCCAGCUGGCUCGCGGCCCCACCAGCGCAAGUGCCCCGCACCUGCCCGCCUGCUCUGAGCAUCAAGAGAAGGCGGCAUUUCGCAUGGGUAAAAUCCGCGCCUGGACGCCGGGAGAAUGUUGUUGCUCUUGCCGUUCGGCCCAUUGUACAGACGCAGCCAGCGAGGCUCGCAAAGGUCAGGGAUGCACGUAGGACUGGCCCGCACCUUGCAGCCACGGAAAGAUCCGCCUGGCCCGCGGCCCCUCCACGCCUCCGAGGUCGAGACAGUGACAUAAGUUAACUCUCGAGCCCAGGGCGUCUCUGCACUCUGCUUAGACGUCCACUCCGUCUGCCUGAAGCUACGGCCGGUGCGUCCCGCUUCGACUCCCUCUGCUUUCCUUCUUAGCUUCUCGCCUCCAGACUAUUCUGGCGCCGCUGCCUGAAAUUACCUGCCCCGGGGGAGGCGCGGCGCGCGGCGCGCGGCGCGCAGCCUCAUGACGGAACUACAACUCCCAUGAGGCGCUGGGCACACGCAGGCGCGCCGCGGCUGAACUCGCCGCGCCGGAAUCCUAUUGGCUGGGCCGACUCUGAGGCGGGAGCCCUGAUUGGUUGAUGGGUCUGAGGCGACAGAUUCCGGAAAGGGGAAGAGCAGCCAACAUGGCGGCGGAACGCGGCGCGGGGCAGCAACAGUCGCAGGAGAUGAUGGAGGAAGAACAUGAGCUGCCUGUGGACAUGGAAACCAUCAACCUGGACAGAGAUGCAGAGGAUGUCGAUUUGAAUCACUGUCGCAUUGGGAAGAUUGAAGGAUUUGAGGUGCUGAAGAAAGUGAAGACUCUCUGCCUCCGCCAAAAUUUAAUUAAAUGCAUUGAGAAUCUGGAGGAGCUACAGAGUCUUCGAGAGCUGGAUCUUUACGACAACCAGAUCAAGAAGAUUGAGAAUCUGGAGGCGCUAACAGAGCUGGAGAUUCUAGAUAUUUCUUUUAAUCUGCUGAGAAACAUCGAAGGGGUUGACAAGUUGACACGACUGAAAAAACUCUUCUUGGUCAACAAUAAAAUCAGUAAAAUUGAGAACUUAAGCAACUUACAUCAACUACAGAUGCUAGAGCUGGGAUCUAACCGCAUCCGGGCAAUUGAAAAUAUUGACACCUUAACCAACCUGGAGAGUUUGUUUUUGGGGAAAAACAAAAUUACUAAACUUCAGAACCUGGAUGCGCUCACCAACCUGACAGUCCUCAGUAUGCAGAGCAACCGGCUGACCAAGAUCGAGGGUCUGCAGAACCUGGUGAACCUGCGGGAGCUGUACCUUAGCCACAAUGGCAUCGAGGUCAUCGAGGGCCUGGAGAACAAUAACAAACUCACGAUGUUGGACAUUGCAUCAAAUAGAAUCAAAAAGAUUGAAAAUAUCAGCCAUCUAACAGAGCUGCAAGAGUUCUGGAUGAACGACAAUCUCCUGGAGAGCUGGAGCGACCUCGACGAGCUGAAGGGAGCCAGGAGCCUGGAGACGGUGUACCUGGAGCGGAACCCCCUGCAGAAGGACCCCCAGUACCGGCGAAAGGUCAUGCUCGCCCUCCCCUCCGUGCGGCAGAUUGACGCCACGUUCGUCAGGUUCUGAGUCCUCCUUGCUCCUCCUAUGGUCCCUCUCCUCGGAAGAACUGCCCAGCCAUGGUUUUUUAACCCACCUGUUGCUCCUGAGGUCGUCACUAUAUCAACAGUCAAAAACCCAAUGGCAAUAAAGGCACUGAGGAUAGCUGACGCGCGAUGCCACGCGCCAUUUUCAGAUGCCAUUGCAAUUAAACCUUGCCACAUGGUC